UUCUCAGCUCCCUUAAUGCCCCCAAAACCCUAGCGCCAAUCCCUUUUUCAUCCUCUAUCGAUCGAUGUAGCAAGCUUUCCGAUUCCAAUCUCCCUCAGAUGGGAUUUUUUCGCUUCAAAGAUUUGAGGAGAUUGUGGGAGUUUUUGAAGGAUCCUUAGAUCAUGCUCUCUCUGAGAAACAUUCGCAGAGUUUGUGCGGCGAUUGAUACUGUUGUUUUGACUGUGAUUGCUGCCAAUCUUUCGAAAUUGCGAGCAAGAUCCGAUCUUGCAGCUCCUUCGUCUUCCCAGAUCCCUGAGAGCUUCCCCACCAUUGCCUCUUGCGCAGCUGCCAUUAAGAAAAAGAAUUCAUAUUUAAGUAGUCAUUGUGAUCAGGAAGCAGUUAGUGAGCCUGCAUUGAUUAAGAUCAAGAAAGAAAGAGAUCCCGAGAAGCUCUUUCGUCUCUUUCAAUCAAAUGCAAGCAAUCGGCUUGUUGUUGAGAAUCGAUUUGUUUUCGAGGAUACUGUGUCACGUCUUGCUGGAGCGCGCCGGCUUGACUUGGUUGAGCAGCUUCUUGAGUACCAGAAAGCUCUUCCUCAAGGCCGGCGAGAAGGAUUCAUUGUUAGGAUCAUUAUGCUCUAUGGUAAAGCCGGGAUGCCUGACCAUGCACUGAAGACAUUCGAUCAAAUGCAUCUCUUUGGAUGUCCCCGCACUGUCAAGUCGUUCAAUGCCACAUUGCAGGUUUUAUCCCAAGCUCGCAUGUUUGAUAAGGUUCAUAUGCUUUUUCAUGAUGCGUCUGUGAAGUAUGGGAUUGAAUUGGAUGAUAUAUCUUAUAACAUUAUUGUGAAGAGUUUGUGUGAGCUGGGUUGCUUGAAUUCAGCUUUCUUGGUAAUGGUAGGCAUGGAGAAAGCCGGAAUUAAACCUGAUGUUGUUACAUAUACCACGCUUAUGGCUGCAGCAUAUAAAUGUAAUCACCGUGAGAUUGGUGAUGGUUUGUGGAAUCUGAUGGUGCUUAAGAGAUGUUCACCGAAUCUGGCCACCUUUAAUGUUAGAAUUCAGUAUCUGAUUAACAGGAGGAGAGGUUGGCAGGCCAAUGAUUUGAUGCAUAAGAUGAUGUCUGCAACAAGCAUAAAACCAGAUGAGUUAACGUACAAUCUGAUCAUUAAAGGUUUUUGCUCGAUGGGUGAGCUUGAGAUGGCUAAGAGGGUUUUUAAUGCUCUACAUGGGAGGGGAUGCAAACCAAACAGUAGGAUAUAUCAGACAAUGGUUCAUUACCUGUGUAAAGCCAGAGAAUUUGAUUUGGCAUUCAGGUUAUGCAAGGAUAGCAUGGAAAAGAAUUGGUUUCCUAGUAUGGACACUAUUCAUUGUCUGCUAAAAGGCCUUAUGGAGAUUUCAAAGGAUCGAAAUGCAAGAGAAAUUAUGAAAUUGAUAAGGGGAAGAGUACCACCUUAUUCAGCUGGUGAUCUUGAGGCCUUUACAUCUAUAGUGUCCGGUGGCAGAAAAAAGAAACAUCUUUGAUACAGAUUAAAUAAACAUCAGCUCUACUCACAUUCUUUAAUCUGUUUGGUCUAUCAAUACUGUAUGCACUCUUGUUGUUGGAUACAAAGAUCUCUGAUCAUGUUCUUCAGACAGUAAGGGUCAUCUCAUCAAAUGAGAUAGCUCAGAGGGCAGAGAUAAGUUGUUGUGGAAUAUCUGGCAGUUGCUUGAAGUUUCUUGUUGAAAUAACUACCUCCCGGUUAAUGGAAAUGGCAGAUCCAGUAUUCAGUGAGUCUGCAAAUUAAAGAGCAUACUGCAGAAAGAAGAAGCUGAGAGUGAAUUAAAGGCCUGAAGUGAAAAAAUGCAAGAACUUGUGAGUAAUUGGAAGGCUCCAUCUACAAACUAAACAAUGUUUUGCUGUUCCGAAUCUCUUCAACCGCUGAUUGUUUGGAUACUUAAAUGAUGCCACUCUUUUUAUGGAAAAAAAAACAAGAUGGUAAUUUAUUCAACAUGGUGUUUCAAUAUCACUCUUAUUUGUUGUUUUGUUUUUAUACCCAAAUUAUAAAUAUCAUGAUAUCACUUCUGUAUCUGUCAUUCUACUUGUACAGACUGAUUCAUCGAAUAAGUUGCUUCUUACAACUUAUUCCUGCACGUAAUUUCACCAUUUGAUUAUGCAACUAGAUUCAAUGUUUAGUCAACAAUUCAUGGUUCUUUUCACAACUUUUAUGACCAUGAUGUAUAUAAAUAAUUCUCAUGAGCUA